UGGUGGUUCUUUUCUUUCAUGAAAUCGUAGGACGCGAAUCAACGAAAUUGAAAUAAAAAGUACAUAAGAGUUCUACAAUUAUCGUGUCGUGGUGCUUCACGAUCUUGUGUUUGUGUAGCCUUAAACGGAAAUACAAUGGCGUUAUACUGUGCAAUAUCGAAUGAGGUGCCUGAGGUCCCGGUGGUGUCUCCGUCGUCGGGCUCCGUGUUCGAAAAGCGCAUCAUCGAGAAGUACAUCAUCGAAAAUGGCGUCGAUCCCAUCAGUGGCAAGGAGCUGCGAGUUGAAGAUCUUAUUGAAAUCAAAACCCCUCCGAUUGUGAAGCCAAAGCCUCCGAGCGCCACAUCCAUCCCGGCCACCCUGAAGAGCAUGCAAGACGAGUGGGAUGCCCUCAUGCUGCACGCCUUCACCCAGCGCCAGCAGCUGCAGACGGCGAGACAGGAGCUGUCUCACGCCCUGUAUCAGCACGAUGCGGCUUGUCGUGUAAUAGCUCGCCUGACCAAGGAGGUGACGGCGGCCCGAGAAGCCCUCGCUACGCUCAAGCCGCAGGCCGGCAUCACUCAGCAACCUCAACACCCGGCGGAGGCCGCAGCACCAGGCGGCGGCGCCACCCCCGUCGGCAUGUCGGCGGAGGUGGUGGCGCGCCUGCAGGAGCGCGCCACGGCGCUCACGCAGGAGCGCAAGCGCCGCGGCCGCACCGUGCCCGAGGGGCUCGUCGGGCCCGACCAGAUCCGAGCCUUCCUCACUGUGGCCAGCCAUCCUGGUCUCCACUCAGCCAGUGUACCUGGAAUCCUGGCCCUCGAUAUCAAUCCGACGGAUCACAGUCGCAUCCUGACGGGUGGAAACGAUCGCAACGCCACCGUCUUCAACAAGGAUACCGAGCAAGUGGUGGCCAUUCUCAAGGGACACACCAAGAAGGUCACUCGGGUGAUCUACCAUCCCGACGAAGACACCGUUAUCACGGCCUCGCCUGAUCACACUAUCCGUGUAUGGAAUGUGCCGACAUCUCAGACAACGGUGAUCCUGCGCUCUCACGACGGCCCCGUAACCGGCCUCUCUCUGCAUCCCACCGGCGACUACGUGCUUUCCACCUCCACAGAUCAGCACUGGGCCUUCUCCGACAUACGCACCGGCGCGUUGCUCACCAAGGUGGGUGACUCCUCUGGCGUCAGCCUAACGACAGCCCAGUUCCAUCCUGACGGCCUCAUCUUCGGCACCGGCACAGAGAACUCCCAAGUCAAGAUCUGGGACCUGAAGGAGCAGAGCAACGUCGCCAACUUCCCCGGACACGUCGGCCCGGUCACCUCCAUCUCCUUCUCCGAGAACGGUUACUACUUGGCCACCGCCGCUGAAGAUGCUUGUGUGAAGCUAUGGGAUUUGCGUAAGCUUAAGAACUUUAAAACUAUACAGCUGGAUGAAGGUUAUGCUAUUAAGGAGUUAUGCUUUGACCAGAGUGGAACUUAUCUGGCGGUUGCCGGGUCGGAUGUGCGUGUAUAUUUGUGUAGGCAGUGGCAGGAAUUGAAGGUGUUUAAUGAACAUACGGCGGCGGCGACGGGAGUCAGGUUUGGUCGGCACGCGCAGUGCCUGGCGUCUACUAGUAUGGAUCGUACGCUUAAGUUGUAUGGUAUUGAGUAAGUUUAUUUUGGUAAAAUUUAGAAGGGUAUUGUUUAGCAUUGAAAAUUACAGUUGGCGCCAAGUUUUUAUAGGAUAGCCGCAAGGAAUUAUUGGAAAUAUGUAAAUUUAAGCUCGAUUGGCUAGUAUACUACUCAAUCUAUCAGAUUUUUUUACUAAAAUGCUACUGCUCUGAGAAUACUAUUAUUAUUACUGUAACAGGACAGCGAGAGGGUUUAUACGCGUCUAGAGGACAUACUUGCGAUUUUCCUCUCCAUCCAAAUUAAAUGGUAUUCGUUCUGUGUGGAGAAGUAAAGAGUGGCCACUUUGAAUAAAAUUUAUUUAGUUUAGGAUUUAUUUCCAAAUCCAUAACAUUGAUGUCAUGAAUGUCAAAUUGUUGACCAGUCGGUAUAAUUGGGUAACUCUUAUUUUUAUAUUUUGUUAGUUUAAAUUAUUGAGUAAGCCACCUUAACCUUUUGGACGCCAAUGACCGAUAUAUCCGCACCGCAGGUUCAACGCCAAAGACCGAUUAAUCGGUCACAGACCACAGAGCAACAUAGACCUACGUGCAUAUGAAUAAAGUUCAAUUUCGGUUUUGACACUUCGGUGACGUGGCGUCUGAGUGACAGACUGCUUUUGUGUUUGACACGGCGUCGAAAAGGUUAACUACACAUUAUAAAACAAAGUCCCCUGCCGCGUCUUGCUGUUUGUGUGUAUGUAUGUUCGCGAUAAGCUCAAAAACUAAUGAACGGAUUUUCGAGCGGUUUUCACCAAUUAAUAGUGAUUCUUGAGGAAGGUUUAGGUAUAUAAUUUGUUAAGAUUUUGUGUAACCCGUGCGAAGCCGGGGCGGGUCGCUAGUCUUGAAAUAAAAUGCAACAUUGCAAGUUGACAUCAUAUUAUGUGUGUAUGUAUAAGCUAUCCAUUUUUGUUAUUUCGACUAGAUAGUAAGAUGAUAUUAUCAUAACAACCUAUUCUUGGUCACCAUGGGAAUUUUGACUGUGGAAAAUUUCACAUAUUGUAUAGCUAGAGAAAUUAAAUUGAUGUAGAUAAAAAAAUAAAUGAAGUAUCAAGAAAAGGGGAUGAUUCAUAACUGCCACAACUAUUUUACUCGCUAUAGUGAAUCUUAUCAUAAUGACUGUAAGGUCUAUCUAAAAAUCUAAUCUAAUUUCAAGUAUUUGACUUGAUUUCCGUGAUUAUCAUGAUAGCUUAACCUUUUGGACGCCAAUGACCGAUAUAUCCGCACCGCAGGUUCAACGCCAAAGACCGAUUAAUCGGUCACAUACCACAGAGCAACAUAGACCUACGUGCAUAUGCAUAAAGUUCAAUUUCAGUUUUGACACUUCGGUGACGUGGCGUCUGAGUGACAGCUUUUGUGUUUGACACGGCGUCGAAAAGGUUAAGUAUGAAAGUAUGAGAAAUGAAUAGUUGUGUAUUUGAAAUUAUUAGCCAUUAUUAGGAAUGUGUUGAUCAAUUCCUUAAAUGUUAUAAAUAUUAAUGUAACUUUCACAGUGCAUCUGUGUUAAUUUCUUUACUCUGUCCUUGAAAAUAAAUAUAUUAAUUUCAAAUAACCAGUGUUUUAUUGCCAGUAGGUUCAAAUAAAAACAUUCCUUUCAGUGUUUAAGUAUAUUUAUUUUUAUAAAUUACAUUAAACAAUAAAAUUUCCUUCCCUUCAAAUCUUUAAAAUAUAAUAAUUAUAUACACUUAACUUACAGGAAUAUUAACAUAAACAAUAUCUAACAAAUACAAGUUUCGUGGUCUCUUCUACACGAUUUGAUAUAUAAUUUGCUUAUAGUAUCGAGACGUGUUUGACCGAUUUGGAUACAGUUAGUAACAGAUAUAGGUACAAGAUGUUUUUUCAAGUCUUAGGUUCAAUAUCUAUAUUCCACCUGUCCAAUAUAUUGGUCCAAUGUGCAUUGCGUCUCACUCUUUCACCAAGCAAAAAGUGAGACGCAAAUACACAUUGGACAAAGAAAGUGGACAGGUGGAA